GGUUUUUUUACAAUUUACACACACCACACACGAGAAGACUCAAGAGUAUCUCGUUCGUUCUUAUAUCAUCAGUAUAUCACUUGUUAAUACUUUUUUGUUGGAGGAUGUUGACUCAAUCUGUGUUUAGAUUUUGCGAAUAUAUCACCGUUUCUGUAUUGGUUACCUCCGUCGCGGUCUUCUCUGUCCGACUCUUGUUAAGAUUCGCCACUUUUAUCGUCACACGUCCAUGGCGUCGCCACCGCACAUUCACGUUCCGCCGGUGGAUAACGGCGGCGAAUGACCAUUCGUCUCCGCCUUUCUGCGCCGUGUGUUUACAAGAGGCAGAGGAAGGAGAGAAGAUGAAGCGAUUGACGAUUUGCCGCCACUGUUUCCACGCGGAUUGCAUAGAUACAUGGCUCAGUGAAAUGUCUAAGUGUCCGUUGUGUAGAGCUCAGAUUCCUCCGUUACCGCCGGCGAGUCCUCUGCUUUUUCUGUUUUUUCCGUCCGGUGUGAUUGAUUUAAUUAGCAACAAAGAAUCUCGACGCGUGGCUCUCUAAUUUCGAAUUCUCUAUGUUUCUUAAUUCUCUGACGUGUCAAAAUUUAUUAGGUGCUUGUUUACUUUAAUAUUUAGCUUAACUCUUCCUAUACGACAAAUAGUUUAACAUAAAAAGGUUAAAACUUGAUAUAAAUCAAGAAGGUUAGUAUGUGUCUAUAUAUCCAUGUCCCUUUACGUAAGCUUUUCAUUCUUUGAUAAUGUUUUUUAUUGGUAGUUUAUUUUGUAAUGUUUCGCCUUUUCUAUUACGUAAACUUUAAUUUUAAAAUGUAAAUCUGUACAUCUUUUUUUCUUUACCUUAGUAAAGUGACCAUUAUCUCUA